AUGGCAGUCGAUCGGAUGGCUGGCUCAUACACAUUAUCACCUAUACCCAUCGCCGAAAAGAGAUCUUUCCGAAUUCCCGCUAUGAGCCUCAAGCUACAAAAGUCCGGCUCUUUUCCAAUUUCCCGUACGGAAAGCUGGAUCACAUCGAAAUCUACAUCGACGCUCCUAAGGGGUAUGUACAACUUGGACCACAUGUAUGCGCUAUGGGAUACGAUCCGCCUUGUGAUCGAUUUGUUUCUCAUCGCUGCAUCGAAGAACGCGCUUCCUGCUAUCGAUAUAUAUCCUCGGGAAGAAGGUGAUAGUUGGAGUGAGGACGGACUACCGAAGGAGGCACGUACAUAUCCGGGCACGGCGUCGGAUUAUCAACGGGCGCGGAUUCACGUACCUGAAGACUUGAUGGCAGACGAAAGUGUGUUGAAGGGAUACGUAGCGAUGAUGGAAACAGAGUCAUCCCCCUCUUCCAGACACUGGAGCCCUGGACGUGGAUCCUGGAAACGACCAACGUACAGGCUUGACAUCGCGCCCGGGGAAUUCGCGACUCGCAUACGAUGGCAGCGCUAUUCUCACCACUGGUGCAGCAGCAGUGGUGCUUUCAACCGCCCAAAAGUCCUCGACGAAUGGAAAGGACAUUUCCAGCAGAUCCGGCAACCCGGUCUGCGAUGUUUCCUAUCAGCUGAGCUCGAGGUCCGGUUUCUGAAUUCCAUGCUCUUCGAUCACCGUUCCACGGUUACGAGACAGAAAAUGGAACUUCGCGUCAAAGAUGAUCAAAGAUGCCCCUUCAAUAUCGCAAAAACUUUGCUAUUUUAA